GCGAGCGCACAUCAUUUUUACCCAGUAAUUUCUCGUCUUCGAGCGAGUUAGGGAAGGGAUUUUUUGUCUUCUCUAAAGAAGGAAUCAUUUUUAUCGGGGAGUGGAAUCCACACCAGUAAGCACCGCUAGCAACCCACUAUGCUUUCUCCACUACAUAAGCAGAAAACAGUUCCACUUCCAAUUCUAUUUUCCCUGAAACUGUCCCAAUCGCCAUGCUCAAUUCUCCUUUCAUCUCCGUUCCCGAGCUUGGGUUUUCUUUCAAGUGUCCAACCUACACUUUCCAGAUUUUUAAUUAUCAUCCUAUGAUUCAAUCUCGGAACUUCAAUUCUCACAAUAAGCUUCCGUUUUUUUUGAAAAGCAAGGCCCGAUUAUUUUUGGCGGGUGAUUCUAUAGAAGCUUCUCGCCAUGGAGAAUUGCGGGCCAACCCCAGAAAAGUAGGAUGGAGGGUGUCCUCGAAAUUGGCGCCAAAUUACGAACGAGCCACGGAGGUUGAAGGAGCCGGGGGACGGAUGGAUAGUAAUAGAGAGUUCGACGCGAUUGUGAUAGGGUCUGGGAUUGGAGGGUUAGUUGCAGCGACCCAGCUGGCAGUGAAGGGUGCGAAAGUUUUGGUUUUGGAGAAAUACGUGAUUCCUGGAGGAAGCUCCGGUUUUUACCAGAGGGAUGGGUAUACUUUUGAUGUUGGCUCUUCUGUCAUGUUUGGUUUCAGUGAUAAGGGUAAUCUCAAUUUAAUAACACAAGCAUUGGCAGCAGUUGGUUGUCGGAUGCAGGUGAUACCAGAUCCAACGACUGUCCAUUUCCACCUACCCAAUAACCUUUCCGUUCGAGUGCACAGAGAAUUUGAUAAAUUCAUUGAAGAGCUCGUCAGUUACUUUCCCCAUGAAAAGGAGGGUAUCAUCAAGUUCUACAGUGAAUGCUGGAAGAUUUUCAAUUCCCUUAAUUCACUGGAACUGAAGUCGCUCGAGGAGCCACUCUACCUUUUUGGACAAUUUUUUCAAAAGCCCCGUGAAUGCCUGACUCUAGCGUAUUAUUUGCCCCAAAAUACUGGAGACAUUGCUCGAAAGUACAUUCAGGAUCCACAAUUGUUGUCUUUCAUAGAUGCAGAGUGUUUCAUUGUGAGCACAGUCAAUGCAUUGCAGACACCAAUGAUCAAUGCUAGCAUGGUUCUCUGUGACAGGCAUUUUGGUGGAAUUAACUACCCUGUUGGGGGUGUUGGUGGGAUUGCAAAAUCACUAGCAGAAGGUCUAGUUAAACAGGGUAGUGAGAUACAUUACAAGUCAAACGUUACUGACAUUAUAGUGGAGCAGGGAAAAGCAGCAGGUGUGAAGCUUUCAAAUGGCAAGGAGCUCUUUGCCAAAACCAUAAUAUCAAAUGCUACUAGAUGGGAUACCUUUGGAAAGUUAUUGAAGGGUGAAGCCAUUCCAAAAGAAGAACAGAACUUUCAGAAAGCUUAUGUCAAAGCUCCUUCGUUUCUUUCAAUUCACAUGGGAGUUAAGGCUGAGGUUCUGCCACCAGAUACAGAUUGCCACCAUUUUGUGCUUGAGGGCGACUGGACCAGAUUGGAGGAGCCAUAUGGAAGUAUAUUCUUAAGUAUACCUACUGUUCUUGACUCGUCAUUGGCUCCCAAGGGCAGGCAUAUUCUUCAUAUAUUCACAACAUCUUCCAUAGAGGACUGGGAGGGAAUUUCAAGAGCAGAAUAUGAGGCAAAGAAGCAGAUUGUAGCGGAUCGAAUCAUAAGCAGACUAGAGAAUAAAUUGUUCCCAGGUCUCAGAUCGUCCAUUGAUUUUAUGGAGGUGGGGACACCAAAGACACACCGGAGAUUCUUGGCUCGUGACAAGGGAACCUAUGGACCGAUGCCACGCAGCAUUCCAAAAGGUUUAUUGGGAAUGCCAUUCAAUACCACCGGCAUGGAUGGUCUUUACUGUGUUGGUGAUAGCUGCUUCCCUGGACAAGGUGUUAUUGCAGUUGCUUUUUCAGGAGUUAUGUGCGCUCACCGAGUGGCUGCAGAUAUCGGUCAGCUCCAGCUUUCCUUUGAAGCUUGAAACCUUUCGAUAAUGGCUGGAGAAGAAAUCAGCUGUGCUGGAUGCCAUGCAUCUACGAUUGCUUGGUUGGUUAAGAACAUUGGCAUGAAAUAAAGGAACGAGCUUUGAUGCAGGAUCGUCAUUAUUUUGCGGAAAGAGCUUGCCUCAGUGAUAGCAUUCUCUUUCGCAGAUACAGGCAGUGCAGUUAACUAGAGAAACAUCCUGGGCGUUCACAGGAUAAAGAAAUUUAGAAGAAAGCCACAAUAUCGAGUCAUCGAAUUUGUGGGUGGGGGGGUGUCUACAGUUUCUGGGAUUGGAUUGGUCAAGUGUAACUGGUUAAUCUCCAGGUGAUCUCUUUAUUACUGCUGAUGACCAUUAUCCAUAAUGCAUAUCCGCACACCACGUAAUGUUGAAUUUUAACUAUGAUGUUUAUAAACCGAGCCGGAUUGAUAAGGCUCCCUCACUUUUGAAUCUUGUAUCUCCUUUUCUUUGCCCUGCGUCUUUUGUUAUUUACUAAAUUCUAGGCAUGAAAUUAUGUUUUUAA